GGGGGGGGGGGGGUGUGCUCUGACGCAUCCCGCCGCCUGUCGCCAUGGAGGCCGCCCGGCUCCGGUACCGGCUGCCCAGCCGCCCCGGUGGGGAUGCCCGGCCACCAGUUCCCAGCAGGUCCAGCUGCACCGGGCGUGCCCCCCCCGUACCCCCCCGCCGGGCGGCCGUGAGGCUGCGGCGGCCCGUGGGGAGGAGCCUCCCUCCCUCCCUCCGCUGCCCGCCAUCGCCAAACUUUCCGCUCGCUCCCGGCCGCCGCCUCCCCCGCACAUGGCACCGGUACCGCGGGGCUGAGCCCGGGCACCCUCCGGGCGGGAGCCGCCACUUCCAGCAGGAGCUCAGGAGCCACCGCCGCCACUGCCAUCACUGCCAUCACCGCCGCUGCCAUCACUGCCAUUGCCACCGCUGCCGUCGCCGCCACUGCCAUCGUCACCACCGCCUGCCGGGGCCGGCGGCGUUCAGCCCGGCACGGGAAGACGGGGCAGAGCGGAGAGCCGGGGGGAGCGGAGCUGGUGCCCAUGUGCCUGCGGUCCCGCCGCGGCGAUGAAGCACCGAUGACAGCCGGCGAGGGGACCCUCCGGCCCUGGAAACCGGACCCAGGGCAGGCAGGGGGAGGCCGGCCACCCCCCGGGCCAUCGCUGCCCCUGACCCUCACCGUCCUGGCCUGGCUGGGCACCGGCACCACCAUGGCCGGCCUCAACAAAUGGAUCUUUGCCACCCACGGCUUCCGCUACCCGCUGCUGCUGUCGUCCCUCCACAUGCUGUCGGGGGUGGCCGUGGGGUACCCACUGGGCUGGGCACGGGGACCGUCACCGCCAGCCCCCCGGCCCCGCGCCAGGAUCUACUUGCUCAGCCUCACCUUCUGCACCAGCGUGGCGUUGGGAAACCUGGGCUUGAGCUACGUGCAGCUGGAUGUGGCACAGGCAGUGGCCACCACCACCCCGUUGGUCACCCUCCUGCUGUCGGGGCUGCUGGGGGGCCGGCGGCACCACCCGCUGCAGUAUGCCGCCAUGGGGCCCGUCUGCGCUGGGGCCGCCUGCAGCAUUGCCGGCGGGCUCUGCUUCUACCAGCCGGGCUGUGGCUUCCUCCUGGCUGCCACCGUCCUCCGCGCUCUCAAGUCCAUACAGCAGAGUCUGCUGCUGCAGGAGGACCAGCUGGAUGCUCUCUCCCUGCUCUGCCUGACCUCCCUGCCCAGUUUCUGCCUGCUCUUCGGGGCAGCUGUGGCGCUGGAGGUGGGUCCCUCCUGGGAGGGUGUCCUGCGCUAUGACGGCACGCUCUGGGCUUGCAUCCUACUCAGCUGCCUGGGCUCCGUCCUCUACAACCUGGCCACCUACUGCAUCCUCUCCCUCACCUCCGCCCUCACCGUCCACGUCCUGGGCAACGUCACUGUGGUGGGCAAUCUGCUGCUCUCCCGCCUCCUCUUUGGCAGCCACCUGAGCGGGCUCAGCUAUGUGGGCAUCGGGCUGAUGCUGGCCGGGAUGUUCAUGUACCACCAGCCAGACCUCAUCGCGGCACGCUGGGCGACGCGGUUGGGAUGGGGCCUCCCCAGGCGGGAGUAGGGUCCCUGCUGGGGAUGGGGGCGGAGGGGAAGCACAGCUCUGCAGAUGCAUGGGUGGGCUGGUGUGCGUGGUACUGUGCACACAGGUGUGCUGGUGUCCACACGUGCUGGUGCACACAGCUCUGUGUGCACACUUUUUUUGGUGUGCACAGAUCUGUGUGUAUGUGUGCUGGUUUGCACAGCUCUGCGUGCACAUGUAUUUUCUGGUGUGUGCAGCUCUGUGCGCACACGUGUUUUCUGGCGUGCACAGAUCUGUGUGUACGUGUGCUGGCUGGCACAGGUCUGUGCACAUGUGUGUUGAUGUGCACAGGCUGUGCGUGUGCAAGGGGGUCUGUGUGCACAGCUCCGUGGCUGGGUGUGCACAGGCUCUGUAAGUGUGCGUGGGUCUCUGCGUGUGGCUAUGUGUGCGUGGGGGCACGGGUAUGUUGGUGUGUGAAGGCUUUGCACAUGCAAGUAGGUCUCAUGCAUGUGGGCAUGUGUGUUGGUAUAGACUCUGUAUGUAUAAACAUGUGAGCGUGCACAGCUGUAUGUGCAUGUGGGCAUGCAUGUGCUGGUGUGCACGGGUUCUGUGUGUGUAGGUGUGUUGCUGUGUACGCAGAGCUGUAUGUGCCGGUGUGCACAUAUGUAUUGGCGUGCGCAGGCUCUGCAUGUGCAAGCAGAUCUCAUGCAUGUGGGCAGGGGUGUGCUGCCGUGCACAGGUACUCUGUGCACAAGUGUGUCUGUGCAGAGCUUUAUGUGCGAGUGUGCACAGGUGUGUGUGCGCGCAGCCUCUGCAGGUACAUCUGUGCAGAUUCUGUGUGUGCAAAUGCACCUUCACGCAUCUGUGUGCACAGGGGCGUGUGUGUGUGUGCACGCAGGCUGACAGGUACCGGUGUGCACACAGGCUCAGUGUGGGUGAGCAGGUCACAUGUGUCCCCAUGUGCACACGCAGGCUGUGCAUGCUCAGGGAUGUGGCUGCAGAUACAUGACUCUGCACAUCCAACUGCUGUCCUGCCUGGGGAAACACGGAGCAGCCUGUGUGUGCACGUGUGUGUGCGUGUGUGCACGUGUGUGUGCGUGUGUGCAUGUGUGUGUGCACCACUACUAAGCUCUGCUGGUUGGAGUAAACCCAGGGCUGUGUGUACAUGCCGCUCUUGUGGCCAAACAAGAAGCCCAGGGAUGGGAUGGGUGACUGUCCCCUCUCGUGUCCCCAACCCCACUGUGUUGUGCCAAUCCUAUGGGGCUGGUGGUGAUGCUGCCGCAUUGUUGUUGUCCCCAUCGUGCCCUCCCUGCCACCACGGCUCCGGCUCCAGCCCCAUCCCUCCUGGCUUGCUGUGGCUGGAGCAGGCAUGUGGGGGGGCAGGGCUGCCUGCCCGUCCCCAGGGCUCCCUCACAGAGAUGGUGAGAGCCCAGCAAAGGGGACAGGGACGGCUCAGGCCCACUCACCACCCCUCAGGGAUGGUGCUGGGCUGUGGCAUGGCACACGCUGACCUUGGCAAAGGGACGUCCCAGUGUAUGCAUGCCCUGGCAUUGAUGCCAGCACAGAUGUGCGGAUGUGCUGUGACGGGUGCACUGGCACCACUGCGUGUGGUGGCUGCUUCCGUGCUCACUGUCUCUGCGCCAGGGCCGAAGGACCCAGCUCUGAUUGCACUUGUCCCGAAAUAAAGCUCUAUUUUUGUUGUACUCCA